GAGGGGGAUUGGGAUGAAACAGCAUUGCCUGGGCAAGGGAAGGGCUGGGGGUGACGUUUUCUGCUUGGGCAUCCCAGGGGGGAGUGGGGUUGGGGCAGCGGCAAGGGACAAAGGUUGGGUUCCGACUCCUGUGCUGGGGACAGGAGCACAAAGCAGCCAUCACCUUGUAUCCCCAUUCAGGGCAGGUAGAGCAGGUGGAACUUUGCAUGGGAUGUUGUAGGGCAUUGCCAUCACUUGAUGGAAAACAGUUGCAGCUGUGAAGCUGAAGGGAGAGCAAGGUGGAGCAAGGAGGGAAGGGGCCUCAGGUGUGGCUGUUGCGGGGCAGAUGGGUGCGGGCAGAGGGAGGAGUGGGUGUCGGGUAGAGGCCACAGCCUCUCGGUUGGGAGGGAUGGGAGCAGGGAAGCUGCAGCAGCACUUGUGGCCCCAGGGAGCAUGAAGCCUUCCUUCCAGGACUCUCUGUGCAGAGCCCCGACCAUGGCCUCCCGUCACGUGGUGACGAUCCAGCCCGGCUUCUCUGCGUCCCCGCAGCCCAGCAAGUGGCACACGGGGCUGCUGGACUGCAUGUCUGACUGCAGCGUCUGCAUCUGUGGAGCCUUCUGUUAUCCCUGCCUGAGCUGCCAGGUGGCCAACGCCAUGGAUGAGUUCUGCCUGUGCGGUGGCAGCGUGGCCAUGCGGACGCUGUACCGCACCCGCUACAACAUCCCGGGCUCCAUCCUGGGUGACUACUACUCGGUGCUGUGCUGCCCCAUGUGCUCUCUCUGCCAGCUGAAGAGAGACAUCGACUAUAGGAAGGAGCAGCGCACCUUCUGAUGCUGCUGCCCUUGCUGUGGAGUUGAUGCUGCCCUUUAGGACUGUGCGAUCUGCUGCGUUUUUUUGUGUUUUUUUUCUCCCCCCACCCCUCUUCAGUAGCAGUCAAUAAACAGCGGUGCUUGCACUCA